GAGAUCCGCAAGCGCGAGUGCCUCUUCCCGUGCUGCGUCGUGUGGUGCCCGAUACCGCUCGUCACGUGGCUGCUCCCUCCCGUCGGUCACCUCGGGAUCUGUUACUCGAGCGGGCUCGUGACGGACUUUCUCGGGCCGCGAUUCGUCCAUCGCGGCUCCCUCGGGUUCGGCGCCGUGUGCCGGUACUGGCGGCUGGAUCCCUCCAAGGUCGCGGAGAGGAGGCGAUGGAAGGGCGGCGACGGCGAGGGCGACGGCGAGGGCGACGACGGGAUCGCAGCGUGGGACGACGGCGUGCGACGCGCGGAGCGAUUCUUCAACGAGGGCGAGGACUACAACAUUUUCGGAAACAACUGCCAUCAGUACGCGGCGCACGCGCUCAAUUUGAUGGCGUACGACGGGAAAAAAGACUGGAACACCGUGCACCUCGCGGCCGCGAUCGUCUUCAGAGGGAAGUGGACGGACCCGGUCGCGGUGGCGAAGACGUGGGGGCCGUUCGCGUUCGUCGUCGCGCUGUCGAUCGCGUUCGAGUGGUACGCCGUGGCAGGCGCGUUGGGGGGGUUGUUCGUCCUCGCGGUGGCGUGGUUC